CGCGAUUCUCUCCGACGAAAUAACAUAUUAAUCUGUUCGAGUUGUAUGAUAUCUGGAGAAUAGUAUGGUUUAGUAAUAACACUACACAUCGGUGGACGAUGACCAUUAUGUCAGUCACGGAUUUUGUUCACUGCAGCGAGAAAUACGGCGGGCUUCCUAGUGUCUGUAAUACUCUGACAACCAUUAGCAGUGUAGACAAAGUAGAAGAGAAGUCUUUCACCCUUCCGAUUCAUUUAGAGUCAGAAGACCCUGUGAUAUUUUUGUUUCUCGUGACAUUUUCAACACUUGGAAUACUGGGAAACGCUUCAACACUUGGAAUUAUCAUUUGUGCAAAAUAUUUUCAUAAACCUCCGUUCAUGGUUAUAGGGACACUUGCUUUAGCCGAUCUGGUUUCGUUAUUUCAGUAUCUCAGUGAGCUUAUAGUCGUCAAAUUGGACAAAGAAAUACAUGACCAAUAUAAUCAAUUGUUCAUGACGUUGAUAUUUACCACAGCGCAUGCGUCGGCCUCCCACGUAGUUUUACUCAUAGGAUUGCGUUACUAUUUCGUGGUCACGCCCCUCCGCGCCCGUACCAAGAGAUCACGUGUUGUAAAUGUUGCGUCAAGUCUUUUGUGGGUGUUCAGUGUGAUUUUUGGGGUAAUUUACUACGCCGUGAGAUUUAACGUCCAAACGAAAGAUGUAGGAACAGUUGUUCUUUUCUUCCGUGGAUACCUUCUUUGUGUUCCUUGCAUCUUUAUGGGCGUGUUCCACUGCAGAAAAAUUAACAGUUUAAGGAACUCUUUGAAUUACUGUCGAAUCAGUAGACAAGUUCGACAGAUGUCGGCAAUGAUUUUGGUGAUCAUGUCCAUUUACAUCCUUUCCGCAACCUUUUUCCCUAUCGCAUUUUCGUUAUACUAUUACAGAGUACUGAAGUUGCAUGAGAGUAAAUCGAUACAUGUAAUCGCAAGAACUCUUUGGCUGACAAAUCUCUCGGCUAACCCUCUCAUUUACUUCAUAUACAGUCCAAAAGUCAGACAACGCGUCUCGCUGAUUUUGCGUCGUAAGUCAGUUCAGCAGACGACUCUUGAGCGAUCGAGCAAUAGGACGCUAUCCAUGACCAGAAUAUGUUAGAAUGAUUGUAUUAAUCUUUUCCAGAGGGAGAUUCGAGUGAUAAUUAAAUUUGCCGCAUGCAAUUGUAAAUAUUUACAUAUUUCCAGUGUCUUUUUCUAUGACAACACUAUACACAGUGAUUUCGUAAUAUAUAGUCUAAUACAGAUCAUCAAUGACUAUUUUAAUAUCAAAUGCACAAUUGCUGAAAAUUAUAUAAAUAUAAGUAAUAUGGAAUUAUUCUUUGAAUAUUAUGAGGUGAUCGAAUAUCUUGAUAUGGAUGGGGUGAUCAAAUAUAUAAUAAAGCUGUUCGGGCUUAAGUAUUAUAUUUUGA